UGGGUGAAGGGACCGCGGCCGUAUGGAGCAGCUGGCGGCGGGUGGAGGCCAGCCGGGUCUGAGGGUGCGAGACGUGGAGAUGGAGGAGAUGAUGGAGGAGCUCCAGGAGAAGGUGCGGGGCCUGCAGACGGAGAACGAGGGACUGAAACAGCGCCUCCUUGUGGCCAAGCAGCAGCUCAUCAACUCACAGAGCAGGAGGCCAACGGCGUACGGCCACGUGCAGUCACGAGUCAACUCUGGGUUAAAGAAGCUGCGAGAUGACGCCCCCUCCCCUCCUCAAACACGACCCAAAAGUACCAGGAGUUUGGAGGGAGGCGGGAGACCUCCGACUGGCCUCCUCCCUCGAUUCGGACACAACCUGCUGGAGGAGGCGAGGGCCGAGAUCCGCAACCUAGAGAACGUGAUCGAGCUCCAGAGGAACCAGAUGGAGGAGAUGGACGGAGCCGCGGAGCUGCUGCAGGACGAACUGAGGAGGAAGGAGGCCGAAUACGAGGAGAGACUCCUGCAGGCCCGACAGCAGCAGACCUCCAAACUGAGGUCACAUGUCAGCAGCAACGUGACGAUGAUCAAACUGCAGAAGCAGCUGGCCGACAGGUCCAACGCCGUGACGGAGCUGGAGGGACGGUUUCUGCAGCUGCAGGAGAGUCAGAGGACGCUGAAGGCGAGUCACGACGCAGCGAUGGCGAAGGUGGACGAGCUGUCGGCUCAGCUCAAAGACGAGAGGCUGAAGAGUUUGGACCUGGAGAAACAGCUGCAGAGCUCCAACAUAGCCAGGAUACAGAUGGAGCAGCUGCAGGAGCAGAUCAGUGAGCUGGAGCAGGAGAGAGACCUGCUGAAGGACAACAAUGACAAACUGGUCAACAGUGCGUUGGAUGUGUCGUGGCAGCAGAAAUGGCAGAUCAAGGAGCAGCAGCUGAAGUUACAGAUCGUCCAGCUGGAGACGGCGCUGAAGGCCGACCUCGUCGACAAAAAUGAAAUCCUGGAUAAAAUCAAGGCUGAGAGAGAAACAAGUGAGAAGCUGACAGAAGAAAAUAAGAAACUUCAGAUCCAGUUUCUGGAACAGAAGCAGCAGCUGGACGAACUAAAUGACCGUCUGAAGUUCCACAGCAGGGAGAACGAGUACGAUGUGUCCGAGCUCACUGAGGCGCUGCUGCUCAUUAAGACACGUAAGUCCCAGAAGAACGGGGACCUGGGCUUCCUGAAGGAGGUGGAGGAGGGAGGGAGCAGCGGCACGGAGAGCGCCGUCCGGGAGCUGCGAGCCGCUCACGCCGAAACCAUCCAGGAGCUGCAGAAGACCAGAAACCUCCUCAGCAUGGAGAGCCAGAUCUGCAGAGACUACAAGGCGGAGCUGGAAGCCGUGUUGAGGAAGAUAGACGCUGACAGAGUUGAGCACGAGCAGAAGGUUGAGCGACAGGCUCAGCUGUUGGACGCGAGGGCGGCGAAGAUCAGGAAGCUGGAAGCUCAGCUCAGAGACAUCGCCUACGGCACCAAAACCUACGUCUUCAAACCGGACGUCACAGACGAAGAAGAGGCCGAUGAGUUCGAUGACACUCUUCAUCUGGAGCGUGGCGAGAACCUCCUGGAGCUUCAGAUAGUCGGCACGGCGCUCUCUCCGUCCGCCCUGGAGGCGCUGGGCGACCACCAACCCUCCACCUUCUGCACCUACUCCUUCUACCUGUUCGAGAUGCACUCCACUCCGGUGGCGACGGGCCAGAAACCCACGUACGGGUUCACAUCUAAGUACGUGGUCAGCAUGGACGACCACUUCCUGGACUAUCUGCACAGGUGCUCCGUCACAGUGGAGCUGCAUCAGGCCCUGGGUCUGGACUGGAGGACUCUGGCCACCGCUCAGCUCCGCCUGCAGCAGCUGCUGGAGCAGGAUGGGAAGGUUCAUGGGACCGUACCGCUGGUUGGUUUGUCUGACGAGGUGCGGUCCUUCGGCUCCGUGGAUUACUGGUUGAGGCUGAGGAUCCCGAUGACGGAGACCAUCCGUCUGUAUAAAGAGAAGGUGAAGGCUGCAGGCUAUGUCCACACUGCACUGAACGAAGACGCACAGCUGCAUCCUCCCGGCAGCAGCAGCAGCGGUUGGAACGAGAUCCACAUCACAGUCCAGCGCUGCAGAGACCUGCAGUCCAGAAGCUCCCAGCAGCCGAGCCCCUACGUGGUCUACAAGUUCUCCGACUUCCCCGACUACCCGACCGCCACCGCCUACGACUGCUGCGACCCCGACUUCAACGACCUCAAGUCCUACUCUGUCCCGAUGGAUGCAGGUCUAGACCAGUACCUGAAGACCGAGUUCCUGCAGUUCUACGUGUUCGACUACAAAGAGGAGCAGAUGGACGUGUACCUGGGGAAGGCCAGGGUGCCCCUGCUGUCCCUGGCCCAGGACAAAGGGAUCACUGGUGUGUUCGAGCUGACCGAUCCCUCUGGACUCCCCGCCGGACACAUUGAAGUGACUCUGAGGUGGAAGUUCACGUACCUCCCUCCUCCAGGCUCCAUCAUGACCGUCGAAGAGCCCAAGUUCAUCCCGAAAGAGACGGCAAGCAAGCGGAAGCAGGAACAGCAGAGCGAGGAGGACGAGGAGAGAGACGAGGGCGUCGAUGAGACGAUGCAGGAAGUGAAUCGUGUCUCCACCUCUCUGCCCGAGGUCUCUGCCGCUAAGGCUCCGCUGCCAAAGCUCAGACACAAGACACAAGUGAAGGACGGACCGGCGGCCAAAAAAGUCACAUUUGUAGAUCCAACAGCUGCAGACAGAAAGGUGAGAGAUCAGCGACUGUGA